AUGUGCUGUUCCCCUUGCUGCCAGCCCACCUGCUGUGGAUCCAGCUGUUGUGGAUCCAGCUGUUGCCGGCCCAGCUGCUGCUGCCGCCCCUGCUGUGUGUCUAGCUGCUGCCGCCCAUGCUGUGUGUCCAGCUGCUGCCAGCCUUGCUGCCGCCCCUGCUGUGUGUCCAGCUGCUGCCAGCCUUGCUGCCGCCCCUGCUGUGGGUCCAGCUGCUGCCAGCCUUGCUGCCGCCCCUGCUGUGUGUCCAGCUGCUGCCAGCCUUGCUGCCGCCCCUGCUGUGUGUCCAGCUGCUGCCAGCCUUGCUGCCGCCCCUGCUGUGUGUCCAGCUGCUGCCAGCCUUGCUGCCGCCCCUGCUGUGUGUCCAGCUGCUGCCAGCCUUGCUGCCGCCCCUGCUGUGUGUCCAGCUGCUGCCAGCCUUGCUGCCGCCCCUGCUGUGGGUCCAGCUGCUGCCAGCCUUGCUGCCGCCCUUGCUGUGUGUCCAGCUGCUGCCGCCCAUGCUGUGUGUCCAGCUGCUGCCAGCCUUGCUGCCGCCCUUGCUGUGUGUCCAGCUGCUGCCAGCCUUGCUGCCGCCCCUGCUGUGUGUCCAGCUGCUGCCAGCCUUGCUGCCGCCCCUGCUGUGUGUCCAGCUGCUGCCGCCCAUGCUGUGGAUCUAGCUGCUGCCGCCCCUGCUGUGUGUCCAGCUGCUGCCGCCCCUGCUGUGUGUCCAGCUGCUGCCGCCCCUGCUGUGGGUCCAGCUGCUGCCGCCCCUGCUGUGUGUCCAGCUGCUGCCGCCCCUGCUGUGGAUCUAGCUGCUGCCAGCCUUGCUGUGGGUCCAGCUGCUGCCAGCCUUGCUGCCGCCCAACCUGCUGUCAGACCACCUGCUGUAGAACCACCUGCUGCCGGCCCAGCUGCUGCUGCCGCCCUUGCUGUGUGUCCAGCUGCUGCCAGCCUUCCUGCUGCUGA